AUGGUCGAGUUUCACCGACCUCAGAUCCGUCACCAGCGAUUCGCCGCCGCUGAAGCUCGUCACUGCUGCUGUGCCACUGCCGCAGAGAGAGGGAGUGAUGCGAUUAAAGAGAGGAGGAGGAAGGAGACCCGUGCGCCGUCGGAGCCACAAGUCACCAUCGAUGAAGCUUCAGCCGCCACCGUCGAUUGUCACUGGGGAACAACCGUCGUGCCUUUGGUCGCUGGAAUCACAGAUUGGAGAGAAGAGGGCUACCACUCCUAUUGCUGCUGCUUCGGUCUUUUAUCAUCAACCACCAUAGCUAUUCUACAUCACCUGCACUUUCCAUCAUUUCUGUCAGGUUCCGUUCUUGCCAGUGAUGGCCGUUGGAUUUGCAACAGCUCCAGCUUUUGCUUCCCUCUUGAUUCGAUUGUAAAUGGCCUUGAUGUUUUGAGCAAAUUUGUUGGUGAAACUGAAAAGAAUGUAAGGGACCUUUUUACUGAUGCUGAACAAGAGCAGAGGAGCCGAGGGGAUGAACGUGAUUUGCAUGUAAUUAUCUUUGAUGAAAUCGAUGCUAUUUGUAAGUCAAGAGGUUCAACUCGCGAUGGUAUUGGAGUUCAUGAUAGCAUUGUGAACCAGCUUCUUACUAAGAUAGAUGGUGUGGAGUCGCUAAAUAAUGUUUUGCUUAUUGGAAUGACCAACAGAAAGGAUAUGCUUGACGAGGCUCUCUUAAGACCAGGGCGGUUGGAAGUCCAGGUUGAAAUAAGCCUUCCUGAUGAAAAUGGUCGAUUGCAAAUUCUUCAAAUUCAUACUAAUAAGAUGAAAGAAAAUUCUUUUCUUGCUCCCGAUGUGAAUAUUCAAGAGCUUGCUGCUAGAACAAAAAACUACAGUGGUGCAGAACUUGAAGGUGUUGUGAAAAGUGCCGUCUCAUAUGCUUUAAAUCGACAACUGAGUCUAGAGGAUCUCAUAAAGCAAGUUGAGGAAGAGAAUAUUAAGGUUAUCGAAUUCUGGAAUAGUAACUUCAAAAUCACAUAUCUCAAGACUCUGAAACUCUUUAGAGGUGCAACCAAAGAAGGGUGAAAGAUGAAUUUUGUAAGAUAUAAUAUUUUGGUUUUUCCUAGGUUUUUAGUAGUAAAUUCUAAGUGGUCUCAUGCAUAUUUUGAUAUGAGUAUCCUUAUUUUAGUGUGAAACGUAUAAAUACUCAAAAUUAUGAUCAUCCCAAUAUUUCUGGUUCAUUAUAUAAAUAUAUUUUA